CACAGGAAGGUCACACCAUCCCCCACCAUCAUCAGGGUGAAGAUCUGAUGAACACGAAAGUUGAGGGUGAAGAAGAAGAGAUGUAUGUGAGGGAUGAUCAGCAAUAUACGGAGGAGGCUGGAAUGACGAGGACAUUCAUAGAGAAGGACACUCCUACAGAGAUCAGCACAGGACACGCCAUGGAGAAACCCUCAAAGGAUCGUCUCACUUUAUCUCCAGGUUGUAAAAUGGAAGAUGAGGACAUCACAGGAGAUUCUGGAGGGGAAAAGACAAUGAGCUCCACUAUGGAUGGAGGACUUCACAGUGUGGAGAGACCAUGGAAUCCCUCUGACUCUGAGCAACCUCGUACUGUGGGGGAUGGGGCCAUCCAGUGGGAAUUUUCCUGUUCUGAAUGUGGGGAAAUUGUGAGCUCAGAACAAAGUCUUAUUGAACAUCAAAGAUCCCAUGUGGAGGAGAAGCCGUAUUCCUGCCCUGAGUGCGGGAAAAGCUUUACGCGCAAAUCGGUUUUCAGUGUACAUAUGCGGUCUCACACGGGGGAGAAACCAUUUUCCUGUCCUGAGUGUGGGAAAUGUUUCGCACAGAAGUCCCAUCUUUUUAGACAUCAGAGAUCGCACACAGGUGAGAAGCCACAUUCAUGUCCUGAGUGCGGAAAAUGUUUUCUUGGUAAAGCAAAACUGGAAGAACAUUACAGAUCACACACAGGCGAGAAGCCGUAUUCCUGCUCCGAGUGCGGGAAAUGUUUUUCAGCUACGUCCGGUCUUUGUAAUCAUCAGAGAUUGCAUACGGGUAAGAAACCAUAUUCCUGCCCUGAGUGUGGGAAAUGUUUUGCACGGUUGGGCUAUCUUCAAGCACAUCAGAGAUUGCACACGGGUGAGAAGCCAUAUCCCUGUCCUCAGUGUGGGAAAUGUUUUUCAAGGAAAAGCAAUCUUAAUCGGCAUAAAAAAUCUCACACAGUUGAGAAGCCAUAUUCCUGUCCUGAGUGCGGGAAAUGUUUUUCAAAGAAGUCCAGUCUUUCCACACAUCGGAGAUCUCACACGGGGGAGAAGCCGUAUUCCUGUCCUGAGUGUGGGAAAUGUUUUUCAAUGAAGUCCAAUCUUUCCAGACAUCAGAGAUCACACACGGGGGAGAAGCCUUUUUCCUGUUCUGAGUGCGGAAAAUGUUUUUCAAUGAACUUCCAGCUUUCCAGACAUCAGAGAUCACACACGGGGGAGAAGCCUUUUUCCUGUUCUGAGUGCGGAAAAUGUUUUUCAAUGAACUUCCAGCUUUCCAGACAUCAGAGAUCACACACGGGGGAGAAGCCUUUUUCCUGUUCUGAGUGCUGGAAAUGUUUUUCAGAGAAGUCCCAUCUUUCCGCACAUCAGAGAUCUCACACGGGGGAGAAGCCUUUUUCCUGUUCUGAGUGCGGGAAAUGUUUUUCAAAGAAGUCCAGUCUUUCCACACAUCUGAGAUCUCACACGGGGGAGAUGCCUUUUUCCUGUUCUGAGUGCGGAAAAUGUUUUUCACAGAAGUCCAGUCUUUCCACACAUCAGAGAUCUCACAUGGGGGAGAAGCCUUUUUCCUGUUCUGAGUGCGGGAAAUGUUUUUCAAAGAAGUCCAGUCUUUCCACACAUCGGAGAUCUCACACGGGGGAGAAGCCGUAUUCCUGUCCUGAGUGUGGGAAAUGUUUUUCAAUGAAGUCCAAUCUUUCCACACAUCAGAGAUCUCACACGGGGGAGAAGCCUUUUUCCUGUUCUGAGUGCGGGAAAUGUUUUUUAGAGAAGUCCAGUCUUUCCACACAUCAGAGAUCUCACACGGGGGAGAUGCCUUUUUCCUGUUCUGAGUGCGGGAAAUGUUUUUCAAAGAAGUCCAGUCUUUCCACACAUCUGAGAUCUCACACGGGGGAGAAGCCUUUUUCCUGUUCUGAGUGCGGAAAAUGUUUUUCAAUGAAGUCCAGUCUUUCCACACAUCGGAGAUCUCACACGGGGGAGAAGCCUUUUUCCUGUUCUGAGUGCGGAAAAUGUUUUUCAAUGAAGUCCAGUCUUUCCACACAUCAGAGAUCUCACACGGGGGAGAAGCCUUUUUCCUGUUCUGAGUGCGGGAAAUGUUUUUCAAAGAAGUCAAAUCUUUCCGCACAUCGGAGAUCUCACACGGGGGAAAAGCCGUAUUCCUGUGCUGAGUGUGGGAAAUGUUUUUCACAGAAGCCCAAUCUUCUCAAACAUCAGAGAUCUCACACGGGGGAGAAGCCGUAUUCCUGUCCUGAGUGCGGGAAAUGUUUUUCAAUGAAGUCCAAUCUUUCCAGACAUCAGAGAUCACACACGGGGGAGAAGCCUUUUUCCUGUUCUGAGUGCGGAAAAUGUUUUUCAAUGAACUUCCAGCUUUCCAGACAUCAGAGAUCACACUCGGGGGAGAAGCCUUUUUCCUGUUCUGAGUGUGGAAAAUGUUUUUCAAUGAACUUCCAGCUUUCCAGACAUCAGAGAUCACACACGGGGGAGAAGUCUUUUUCCUGUUCUGAGUGUGGGAAAUGUUUUUCACAGAAGUCCAGUCUUUCCACACAUCAGAGAUCACACACGGGGGAGAAGCCUUUUUCCUGUUCUGAGUGUGGAAAAUGUUUUUCAGAUAAGUCCCAUCUUUCCGCACAUCAGAGAUCUCACACGGGGGAGAUGCCUUUUUCCUGUUCUGAGUGUGGGAAAUGUUUUUCACAGAAGUCCAGUCUUUCCACACAUCGGAGAUCUCACGCGGGGGAGAAGCCUUUUUCCUGUUCUGAGUGUGGGAAAUGUUUUUUAGAGAAGUCCAGUCUUUCCACACAUCAGAGAUCUCACACGGGGGAGAAGCCUUUUUCCUGUUCUGAGUGCGGGAAAUGUUUUUCAAUGAAGUCCAGUCUUUCCACACAUCUGAGAUCUCACACGGGGGAGAAGCCUUUUUCCUGUUCUGAGUGCGGAAAAUGUUUUUCACAGAAGUCCAGUCUUUCCACACAUCGGAGAUCUCACACGGGGGAGAAGCCUUUUUCCUGUUCUGAGUGUGGGAAAUGUUUUUUUGGGAAGUCCAGUCUUUCCACACAUCAGAGAUCUCACACGGGGGAGAAGCCUUUUUCCUGUUCUGAGUGCGGGAAAUGUUUUUCAAAGAAGUCCAGUCUUUCCACACAUCAGAGAUCUCACACGGGGGAGAAGCCUUUUUCCUGUUCUGAGUGUGGGAAAUGUUUUUUAGAGAAGUCCAGUCUUUCCACACAUCAGAGAUCUCACACGGGGGAGAAGCCUUUUUCCUGUUCUGAGUGCGGGAAAUGUUUUUCAAAGAAGUCCAAUCUUUCCACACAUCGGAGAUCUCACACGGGGGAGAAGCCGUAUUCCUGUCCUGAGUGUGGGAAAUGUUUUUCAAUGAAGACCAAUCUUUCCACACAUCAGAGAUCUCACACGGGGGAAAAGCCGUAUGCCUGUCCUGAGUGCGGAAAAUGUUUUUUACGGAAAUCCAACCUUUCCAAACAUCAGAGAUCACACACGGGGGAGAAGACAGAGGAAAAAGAUGAUCAUUGCAUCUGUUGAUUUGAGAACUUUGUUAGAAGAAAGGAAAUAUAUGAGAAAUAUGAGUUUAAAUAGAAGUGUUUUAAAGAAGCUAACCAACAUUAUGAAAGAUAUCAAAUUGUGAUUAUAAAAAUGUGAAUUAACCCGUAACACAUAUUCAUCAAACACAUAUGAAAAUGAUUCAUGUAUCCACAUUGAUAAUUAUUUUGCAUUGACUGCGAGAUAUAAACCUAUGGAUGGUUGGAAAGACUGUUUUUGGGAAGUAUACGUUUAUAAAGGAAUAUAGAAACAUGUUAUGUAGGAAUCAAAAAUAUAAUAAUUGUAUCAUAUAUAAUAUAAAGUUGCCAGAGUUGUAUAUGGAUAUAUCUAUAU